GCCGUCAUUUUUCCGGUGGGAUUAUUACAGAAUCCGGCCAUAGUGACUUUUGUGAUGGCCGGAGCAAAGUUAAAUGACUUUUGUGAAAUGAAUGAAAGAAAAAAAUGAUUUUUGUGUAUAAUAGACACAAAGUUAAAUGACCUUGAAAUUUGUUCUGAGAAAAUAGUAGAAAGAACAAAUUUAAAGAACUUGGGAAUGUUCGUGGACUUUUUGAAUCUUGAUCACCACCUCGUGAAGAGGAGCUCUUGAAUCUCACGAGUUUCUUCUUUUGUUUCACAAACAUGAAUUUUGAAUUGUCUUCAACCCCUUUAAAUACCCCACCAAGUAUUUCAAUCAACAUGCAUUAUUCUACAACAAAUAUAAUCCAAUGGAACUCAAUUUCCAACACUACAUUCUAUGUUCCCUACUAUGUUUUAUUCCCCUACUACAAGCUCAAAAGUUGCAAACUUACAUAGUACAAUUGCAUCCACAUGCAUCAACAAGAACCCCUUUUAGUUCUAAGCUACAAUGGCACCUUUCAUUUCUUGAAAACUUCAUUUCCUCAGGCGAAAACUCGAGUUCUCGCCUUUUGUACUCUUACCAUUCUGCAUUUGAAGGUUUUGCAGCUUUGUUAUCUGAAAAUGACCUAAAGGCAAUGAAGAAAUCGAACAAUGUGUUAUCGAUAUAUCCAGAGAGGAGGCUUGACGUUCAGACAACUUAUUCUUACAAGUUCUUAGGACUUAGUCCUACAAAAGAAGGUACUUGGUUGAAGUCUGGAUUUGGUCGAGGCGCGAUCAUUGGAGUUCUUGAUACUGGAAUUUGGCCAGAAAGUCCGAGUUUUGUUGACCAUGGAAUGCCUCUUAUUCCAAAGAAAUGGAAAGGUACCUGCCAAGAAGGACAAGAUUUCAAUUCUUCAAGUUGCAAUCGCAAGCUUAUUGGUGCAAGGUUCUUCCACAUAGGACACAUGAUGGCAUCAAAGACAUCAAAAUCAAUAGAUUUUGUGGAGGAAUAUGCAUCGCCACGAGAUUCUCAAGGCCAUGGCACACAUACAGCAUCGACUGCAGGGGGAGCUCCCGUUCCAAUGGCAAGUGUGCUUGGAAAUGGAGCAGGGGAGGCUCGAGGGAUGGCCCCGGGUGCUCAUAUCGCGAUAUACAAAGUUUGCUGGUCGAGUGGUUGUUAUAGCUCCGAUAUACUUGCAGCUAUGGAUGUAGCUAUUAGAGAUGGAGUAGACAUAUUGUCGCUUUCACUUGGUGGUUUCCCCGUUCCACUUUAUGAGGAUACUAUUGCCAUUGGCAGUUUUCGAGCCAUGGAGCAUGGAAUUUCGGUUGUAUGUGCUGCAGGAAAUAAUGGUCCGAUGCUAAGUUCAGUAGCAAAUGAGGCUCCUUGGAUUGCCACUAUUGGUGCUAGCACACUUGACAGGAAAUUUCCAGCAAUAAUUCAGCUAGGUAAUGGCAAGUAUGUGUAUGGAGAAUCCUUGUAUCCCGGGAAACAAGUUCAUAAUUCUCAGAAAGUGCUUGAGCUUGUUUAUCUCAACGAUGGAGAUAAUGGAAGUGAAUUUUGCUUAAGAGGAUCUCUUCCAAGAGCAAAAGUCCAUGGGAAAAUCGUUGUAUGUGAUCGUGGAGUUAAUGGGAGAGCAGAGAAAGGUCAAGUUGUUAGAGAAUCAGGUGGUGUUGCCAUGAUCCUAGCAAAUACAGCAAUAAAUUUGGAGGAAGAUUCUGUCGAUGUGCAUGUCCUUCCAGCAACAUUGAUUGGUUUCGAUGAAUCAAUUCAGUUGCAAAGCUACAUGAACUCAACGCGAAAACCAACAGCUCGAAUCAUAUUUGGAGGCACGGUUAUAGGAAAAUCUAGUGCACCUGCUGUAGCACAAUUUUCUUCAAGGGGUCCAAGUUUUACUGAUCCUUCAAUUCUCAAACCUGAUUUGAUUGCUCCUGGUGUCAACAUUAUUGCUGCUUGGCCGCAAAAUAAAGGCCCUAGUGCACUUCCUGAGGAUACAAGAAGAGUAAAUUUCACCGUCUUAUCAGGAACUUCAAUGGCUUGUCCUCAUGUUAGUGGCAUUGCUGCACUGCUCCAUUCAAUUCAUCCUAGAUGGUCACCGGCUGCAAUCAAAUCCGCGCUAAUGACGACUGCAGACACAACUAACCACCAAGGAAAACCAAUCAUGGAUGGUGACACACCAGCUGGACUUUUCGCUGUGGGAGCUGGACAGGUAAAUCCUGGAAGAUCCGAUGAUCCCGGAUUAAUAUAUGACAUUCAGGCCAAUGACUAUGUCACUCACCUUUGCACUCUUGGGUACAAACACAGAGAAAUCUUUAGCAUUACUCACAAGAAUGUUAGCUGCCACGACGCUUUGCAGAAAAACCGGGGUUUUAGCCUCAAUUACCCCUCGAUAUCCGUGAUCUUUAAGGCAGGAAAAACAAGAAAAAUGAUCACAAGGAGAGUGACAAACGUAGGGAGUCCUGAUUCCGUUUACUCAGUUGGAAUUGUGGAGCCAGAAGGAGUUAAAGUGAGAGUUAAACCGCGGCGUCUGAUAUUUAAGCGCGUAAAUCAAAGUUUAACUUACAGAGUUUGGUUUAUAGCAAGGAAGAGAAUUGGGACUCAAAGGAAAAGCUUUGCAGAAGGACAAUUGAUGUGGAUCAACUCCAGAAAUAAAUACCAGAAAGUUAGAAGUCCUAUUUCAGUUGCAUGGCCAUCAAGGAAGUAAAGGCGUUACGUGCUACAACAUGUUUAACAUAUACUGAUAGUGUAAAAAUUCUUUAUACCAUCAGCGUAUGUAACUCGAAUCUAUUACUAUAUAUAUUUUACUAGCAUUAAAGUUUCAUUGUCUUAGUUUUAAACAUUUAAUUAAGAUUCUAUUACUAUAUUGUAAUAGCUCCAAGGUUUUAUUGUCUUAGUCGUUCCAAACAUUUAACUGAGUUUUUAAGUCA